AUGCACAAAAAGUUUUUUCGACAAGUCCAAAUAAGAUCUUCUGUAAUUCAGCACUCAAAGAGAGUACUGGAAACACUGAUUUUCAGAAGAAUUGGAAGCUCUGUAUUCUACUACAACCCACCAGUUUAUUAUGACUUCUUUAUCAAAUUAAAGGUUGUAAAUCUUACCAUUUCUAAUUCAGGCAAUAAAUUCAUUGCUUGUCCAGAGCAAGGAAAUCAUUUUAAGUUCAUAGACCUUACAGAUAAUUCAAUUACCAGUGAUUUUUUUUUUCAAGAUUGCAAAACCCUGAAUUUGUUGGAGACUCUUAUUUUGCAGCAGAACGAGUUGCAUCAAUUUUACAAAUUGAGUACCAUGACGCGAUAUAUGACAUCGCUUAAACAUUUGGAUGCGAGUCAAAACCAACUUACUCUUGAUGCGAAGACAAAUUGUCUUUGGACUAACAGCUUGAAAAAACUGAACCUGUCUUCAAACAGACUGACAGAUUUGAUUUUUACAUGUUUACCCAGUAACCUCGAAGUCCUUGAUGUGGAGAAAAAUAAUAUUUAUAUUGUGCCCCAAAGGGUAAACAACCUGGAAAUGCUGAGGGAAUUAUACCUUGGCUCUAAUAAACUGGUUAGACUUCCUGAAUGCAGCAACUUUAGAAAUCUUGAGAUUUUGUACGUCGAAGGAAAUUCAUAUCAAGAACCUUCCAGUAAUUUCCUUCAAAAUUGUUCAAGGCUGACAAAACUAAAUGCUGCCUCAAAUCCAUUUGCAUGCACCUGUCAUCUAAGAGAUUUCAGCCGGAUUAAGGAAAAUACCCAAGUAGAGUUGGUGGGUUGGCCGGAGUCAUAUCAGUGCUUCUACCCAGUGAAUCUCAGAGGAACUCUGUUGAAAGAUUUUUAUUUAUCAGAAGUGAUGUGCAACCCAGUUCUCUUAUUGCUGAUUAUACUGAGUAGCAUUACUGUAUUAGCAGUUGUAAUGGGAUUGACAUGUCAUUUUUUGGAUUUGCCUUGGUAUUUGAGGAUGAUUUAUCAAUGGACGCAGGUGAAACGAAGGGUGAUGAAGACUGACCUCCAGCAAUUACAUGAAAAUUGUGUCUAUCAUGCUUUUGUGUCCUAUAGUGAGCAGGAUUCUGGGUGGGUUAAAGAACACCUAUUGCCAAACCUGGAAGAGAGAGAAAACCCAUUUCGGAUCUGUCUCCAUGAAAGACAUUUUAUUCCCGGCAAAGGCAUUAUUCAAAAUAUAAUCAGUUGUAUAGAGAAGAGUUACAAGUCAAUAUUUAUUUUAUCACCCAACUUUGUUCAGAGCGAAUGGUGUCAUUAUGAACUUUAUUUUGCCCAGCACCGGGUACUAAGUGAACAGUCUAACAACUUGAUACUGAUUGUUUUAGAACCAAUCCCUCAAUACAUGAUUCCAUCCAAAUAUUAUAAACUAAAAUCACUUAUGGCAAAGAUGACAUACUUAGAAUGGCCUGUGGACAAAAGCAAACAGAGACUAUUCUGGGCCAAUUUACAGGCAGCAAUAGGAACAAAAAUAACAGCUGAAACUGAGGAAACGUUACUGUAAAUAUAUUGAGCAAUUGUAUUCCAAGCAACAUCUUAAGAAUUUUCAUUGUCCUCUAUUAUUAGUUCACUUCAUGAAAUAAUAUAUUAUGUUGUAGAAUUA